GAAAAUAAAAGAGGCACAGUCGUAUCCGUCGCUUCUUUGAGGGCGACAGGUUAAGGAUGAUUUAAAAAGAGAAACCGACCUCGCUGUCGCCGUUUGUAACACCCAGAGAAUGCUCCUUUUUCGGUUGUUGGAAACCCCGUUCCUUUAAAUUUCAAAGAUGUUUUAUAAGACUACCCUGACAGUCUUAAUGGAGAGUAUUGAAUUUAAUCGGAGACCCGCGCUGGCAAAAGAAGAGGAUAGUAAAAUGAGCAGCUCAGAGGAGGUGUCGUGGAUCUCUUGGUUUUGUGGACUACGAGGAAAUGAAUUUUUCUGUGAAGUGGAUGAAGAUUAUAUUCAAGACAAAUUUAACCUAACAGGACUAAAUGAACAGGUCCCACAUUAUCGCCAAGCAUUAGACAUGAUACUUGAUCUAGAACCAGAUGAGGAACUGGAAGAUAACCCUAAUCAGAGUGACUUGAUUGAACAAGCAGCAGAGAUGUUGUAUGGAUUAAUCCAUGCUCGCUAUAUUCUCACUAAUCGUGGUAUUGCACAAAUGCUGGAGAAAUAUCAGCAAGGAGACUUUGGUUAUUGUCCUAGAGUCUACUGUGAGAACCAACCUAUGCUCCCUAUUGGUUUAUCAGAUAUUCCAGGUGAGGCAAUGGUUAAACUUUAUUGCCCCAAGUGCAUGGAUGUUUAUACUCCUAAGUCUUCACGACACCAUCACACAGAUGGGGCAUAUUUUGGUACAGGGUUCCCACAUAUGUUAUUUAUGGUGCACCCAGAGUAUCGUCCAAAGAGGCCAGCAAAUCAGUUUGUGCCCAGGCUUUAUGGUUUCAAGAUUCACCCUAUGGCUUACCAGCUUCAACUGCAGGCAGCUAGCAGCUUCAAGAGUCCAGUAAAAGCCAUUCGUUAGAAUUAUAUUCCUGAAGCCUGCAUCCAAACCAGAGGAAUGUCAACUGUUAAAAAAACUUACAAACAGAUGAGAACUUUGGUCAAACUAAACAUAUAGUCCAGUGGAGUGAUAUUUCACUCUGCUCCUCAAGUCUUCUGAACAGUCCUUUAGUUUUUUUUUUUUUUUGGCUCGGUGAUCUUUAUUUUAUGGUGUAUUUAUUGUUGUAGUCCAAGAGAUCUGUUGGAAAUAAAGAGGAUUAUAAUAGUGUCUACUUCCAGCUAGUGUAUUGAAGGUAUCCUCGUUAAAGCCUGAGACCUGGAUCGAAGGGUAAACACAUUACAAUAAUUUUUUUAAAAAUAGGUGCAUUGUAGUACCGUAAAUUAUCAUCCUUGUAUUAAAUGGGUGAUUGUGCCUCAGGUGGUGUAGAGUACAAAAAUAAAACACAAAUAGUAAAAUGUGUAAAAAAUUACAUUUAUUUGAGUUUGAUCUCAAUUCUCUGUCUGGCAUGUAAUAUGUAAUUUAGAUGAAAAUUCAGUCUGGUUUAAAAUUAUUUACAAGGUUGUUAACUGAGAAAUGUAUUCUUUUAGUUUUGAUUUAUUUACAUUUACACUGUAUUUCCAGUUUAUUUUAAUUUGGGAGGGAAAAAUAAGAAUCAGUGUAUGAAGCUGAACAUUUGCUUCAAUUUACUUCUCUCUAGUAUAAAGAGAAAAGACCAGGAUGGAUAUUUAAUUUAAAAUAAGUGAAUGCAAUCAGUGUAAAAGUUAGUGACCUUUUAUUUUUUUUCCCCCAAAAUAGUUGGACUGUUCAGACAUGCUUGAGAAUUAGCAAUUGCUUGUCUUUCUUAUUCAGCCUGUGUUCUGCUCUAACCUUCCCAAACAAGUGAAGCUCACACUCUUCAAUGUGAAGUGUUCACCUGAACGUGAUUAUAAUUUUGGUCAUUUGACUAAAAUGUAUGUAUCAUUCUUUUUUAAAAUAAAGUGUCAAUUGUACUG